AUUAAAAAAAAGCCUCAGCUAAUUUGAAGACGACCGGCGAAGGAAUGAAUCAAAGCGCAAAUCUUACUGCAUCUUGGUCUCCGCUCCCUACCCCCAUCAAACAACUCCAUGCGCACCAGACCUUGACCAAAUCUAUUUGGCAGAACUCCGGGGAACCCCUAUAAAUAACACGACCAGCAACCGAUGCUCGCAUCUUGUCCUGGCCUUUCAGUCUAUACCAAAUCAUCAAUACCCACCGAGUCUCAACGAACACAACCCACACAAUGACUCCUCCGCCUCCUCCUCCUCAAUCCGUCCGAUUCAUCUCCGACUGUUUCGUCAAGCCACCCCAGCUUCCGCCGCAGUCCGACCAUCCCCUCCACUUGCCGCCGUGGGACCUCGCCAUGCUCUCCCUCCACUACAUCCAAAAGGGCCUCCUCUUCCCCCUCCCUCCUCGCUGCCUCGAGAUUGGCUUCGACCGCCCCGCUUUCAUCCGUUCCUUCUUGGAAAAACUCGAGCGCUCUCUCUCUUCCGCCCUCGCCCACUUCUACCCGCUCGCGGGCCGCCUCGCCACCCUCAAGCGGGCCGAACCCCCGCUGUACAACGUCGUUGUCGACUGUGCCAACAGCCCUGGAGCCCGGCUCAUCCACGCUGCCCUCGACAUGACCGUGGCCGACAUUCUCUCCCCUACGUACGUCCCCGCCGUCGUCCAGUCCUUCUUUGACCAUGACCGGGCAAUCAACCACGAUGGCCAUGACCUGUCCCUACUGUCCGUGCUGGUCACCGAGCUUGCCGACGGUAUCUUCAUCGGGCUCUCCAUGAACCAUGUCCUCGGUGAUGGCACCUCCUUCUGGCACUUCUUCAACUCGUGGUCUGAGAUCUUCCGAGCGCAAGAGAGAGGCGCCGUUGAUGUCGUCCAGCUGUCACGUCCUCCGGUCCUGACCCGGUGGUUCCCAGAGAACCACCCUGGCCCCGUAAGCCUGCCUUACACGGACGACCCCUCGUCGUUCCUCGCCCACUUCGAAGCCCCAGAGCUCAGGGAGCGAGUCUUCCACUUCUCCGCUGACGACAUCGCGGGGCUCAAGGCAGAGGCGAACCGGCAAUGUGGCACCACCAAGAUCUCGUCCUUUCAGUCCUUGACUGCCCUCGUAUGGCGGUGCAUCACCCGCGCCCGCCACUUCCCGCCCGGCCAGGUCACAGGCUGCCGAAUGGCUGCGAACAACCGGGGGAGGCUGGACCCCCCGCUCUCGCCGGAAUACUUCGGAAACUCGAUCACGCCGUUGAGGACGGCGGCGACGGUUGGGGAGCUGCUGGGCGGCGGCCUCGGUUGGGCGGCGCAGCUGCUGCAUGCUGCAGUGGCGGGGCACAGUAACGCUAAGCUGCGGGAGUGGAAUCAGGAGUGGAUAAAGAGGCCGCAGGUGUACCACAUGGACAAGACGUUCGAUCCGUACAGCAUCAUGAUGGGGAGCUCGCCGCGGUUCGACAAGUAUGGCAAUGAGUUCGGGCUGGGGAAGGCCGUGGCUCUGCGAAGCGGGUAUGCGAACAAGUUCGACGGCAAGGCCUCAGGCUAUCCGGGCCGCGAAGGAGGCGGGAGCAUCGACCUCGAGAUCUGCCUUCCGCCGGCGACCAUGGCACUUCUCGAAGCUGACACUGAAUUCAUGGCCGCCGUGACGGUUUCGUAGGAUGGAGGGCCAACGCCAACACGGUGGUCAUGUGCAAGUCGAGUCGAUGCCGUUAGUUUUUAGGAGGAAUAAGGAUUUGUGGUUUGACUUAUUUCUUAAUCUAUAGUGACUAUGUAAUGGGUUUGUCUUCUACGUACAAGCGGUGGAUCAGUUGAUGCACAAUAAAGUCAUAUUUUUGGUAAUAAUUACAGAGUGAA